AAGGCAGCGCUAGCUCUAGCUCCUCUGCUAACCGAGUGACCAGCCAGUCGAGGGGGAGAGACCACCAGUCCAGCAGUAGAUACUAUACUGUCUGAAGAAGUCCGAAAUCCCAAGGAAGAAGGUAUUGAUUCUUCAAGUCCAGACUACCAGUGAGAGGCAAGGAAAUGGCGUCCUCACUGCUCCACUGCUCCGACAAGCUCCCGUUCAUGGACGUGGAGACCAUCCUCCACAUGAAAGAAGGCCUUGACGAGACCAGCUACGCGCAGAACUCCUCGCUUCAGAAGAGGGGCAUGGACACGCUGAAGAGCCUCAUCAUCGACUCUGCGACGGGUGUGUACAUCUCGCAGAUGCCGGAGAGGUUCACGGUGGCCGACCUCGGCUGCUCCUCGGGCCCGAACGCGCUCUGCCUGGUGGAAGACAUUGUCGGGAGCAUCGGCAGGGUGUGCUGCCGGUCGUCGCAGCCGCCGCCGGAGUUCUCGGUUCUCCUCAACGACCUCCCGACGAACGACUUCAACACCAUCUUCUUCAGCCUGCCAGAGUUCACCGGCAAGCUGAAGGCCGCCGCCAAGUCCGACGAGUGGGGCCGGCCGAUGGUGUUCCUGUCCGGCGUGCCGGGGUCCUUCUACGGGAGGCUAUUCCCCAGGAAGAACGUGCACUUCAUCUGCUCCUGCUCCAGUCUGCACUGGCUCUCCCAGGUCCCUCUUGGGCUUUUCGAUGAGAUGAACAGGCCGAUAAACAAGGGGAAGAUGUACAUAUCGAGCACGAGCCCACUUGCCGUGCCAGCGGCCUACCUGAGGCAGUUCCAGAGAGACUUCAACCUGUUCCUCAAGUCGCGCGCCGCCGAGGUCGUCCCUGGCGGCCGGAUGGUGCUCGCCAUGCUCGGCAGGCAAACCGAGGGCUACAUCGACAGGAGGACGACCUUCCUCUGGGAGCUCCUCUCCGAGUCGUUCGCCGCGCUGGUGUCACAGGGGCUGGUCGAGCAGGAGAGGGUGGACGCGUACAACGUACCGUUCUACGCGCCGUCGAUACAGGAGAUGGAGGAGGAGGUGCGGCGGGAAGGGUCGUUCAGACUGGACUACGUGCAGACGUACGAGAUCAACCUGAGCAGCAGCGGCGACGCCAAGGAGGACGGCAGGACGGUGUCAAUGGCGAUCCGGGCCAUCCAGGAGUCCAUGCUCAGCCACCACUUCGGGCCAGACAUCGUGGACGCGCUGUUCCACAGGUACACGGAGCUGGUCACCGAGUCCAUGGAGAGGGAGGAGGUCAAGAGCGCCCAGAUCGGGGUGGUCCUCACAAGGUUGUGACCUGUGAUUUCGAGACCGGUUUAUAGCCUGCAUUGCAUGACCCUGUUCUGCUGUGGUGUUGUGUUCAGUAUUGAGUAAUUGGUAACUAAUUUCAUGUGUAUCUAACUGAUAGGAUUUGGAUAGUGGAAGUCAAUUAACAAGUGUAGUUGAAUGUGAAGGGUAAAUAUAUCUUCCUAUGUGUCCUCCACUGCUAGUCUGCUCUUGAGAACCAC